AUGGCUCUUCCCAAAAAUCAAUUUUUUGUCAUCGUCGAAAAAUCUAGAGAGCCAGGCCAACAUUUAUAUAUAUCAGAUGCAAACUUUAAUAUCAAGGAAAUAAAAAAUCCUACAAAACCUCUACUUCUUAACUUAGAAUUUACCUUUUGCUUUUAUGAUGACUCAAUUUUUAUGUUUAAGGAUUGUUUUGAUAUGAGUGAAGGACUUAAUGUAGUUCCUGAUGCAAGAAGAUAUAUAAUUUCGCAAAAUAAAUGAAUAAAUUUAAACGUCCAGUAUUGUGGAUAUCCUUAUUCAUGUGUUGGAUUCAAAGAUAAAAUCAUUUUUGCUGGAUGAAUGUCAGGGAUAUGAAUAUAUGAUAUACUUUUGGAUUCGUACUCACAGCAUUUAAUUAGAAAUUUUGAUACAGAAGAGAAUAAAAUGCUGCUUAAAAUUUCUGGUAAAAUUUAUUUGCUUGUUCCUGAUUUAAAUCAUAAUUAAUAUGGGAGCUGGACAAAGGUCAGCCAACAUCGAGAACAUUAUUAAUUAUAUCCUGCAAGAGCCUUGACAGCUAUAAAAUAGAUAGCAAUGUUAAGUGCUCAAUUAGCAUAAAUAGCUCGUAUUUUGUGUCGUAAAAUCAUUAUUUUGUAAAGCCAAAUGCUUGAUUAAAUCAAAGCAGCAUUUAUUUUUGUGAUUGCGAAUUUUGCAGCCCAGAGAAUUGGGCUAUAAAAGGCAACUCAAUAUUAAAGUUCUGCUUAUGCUCAGAGCUCAGACCAAGUCCACUUCGAGGUUUGCUUUUACAUCAUGGGGUGAUGAACAUAGGAGUUGGAAAGGGGUUGCCAGCAAGACUAGCACCCAAAAGCACAACUCGGAUAAUCUUUUUAGCGUGAUGCCAGUAUUGCAUUCUGAGCUUCAAGUUUCCAUUGAGAGAAAAAUUGACUAAAAAAUUUGUUUUUUCAAACUUUUGAGGCCGACAACUCACGUUAAUAUUAUCUAGGCUGAUUAUUCUAGGCAUUUAACGAAGAAUGCGCCUGAAGGGUCUACAACUGAGCUAACGGGUAUAGUUUGGAUUAGGUAAGCCCUAUAGAUAGGGUAAGCUGGACUGAGGACAAAGCAAGAUGAUGCAAUCAAGGCUUACACCUAGGUUCAAGGAGUACUCAAUAAUCUUAAUCUAAUCCUUAUUUAAGUAAAAUUUUAUAUUGUGAUGAUCCUUUAUUAGAUUGAAUGCUUCUAUCGAAUUUUCAUGAUACUUUGUUUUGUGAAAGAGCUUCUCCUCAUGUGUACUAUCAUGGAUCAAUUUAUUAUUUUACUCUCUCAUGAUAAAUUAUGCAUUAUUACAAAUAAUACUGGGCAAUUUUAAAUAAUAAUAUUUUAAUAAUUUGGAUAGGCGAGAUAGAAGGGAUUUGAAUUCUACUUUAUACGAAUUUUCUCUAUCUAAAUUUAGCUCAAAACCUACGAAGUUGAAAGGAAGCACUAAUAAUGCAAUUAAGAUUUAA